CCUGCUGCCGCUCAGUUCAGAUCUGCGCUGAGGCGUCGUUGGACCGUUCGAUCAGGCAUCAUCUAAUACUGCAUGGUCUGCCUUGCCGCUGACUGCUGUUGCUGACAUUGUGAAAAAGUCCGACUAUUUGAGUAGCGACGGCCACUGUCGAUCUGGGUCUUUAGCUGUAGGUCUUUACCUGUAGCAUCGGCCUGCUCAUACAAUACAGUGUAACCAGUGUCAAUUAGUAGUACGAGAGUACCCCAAGCCAGUGCUCUUACGUGAGGUUGCCUACAAUUAGCGUAGCGGCACACACAUAGCAAUAAUAAUCAUACUAGCAAAUGAUCGAAGUGGUAAGCAUCGACGAGAUUAGAAGCGAACAUGUGCUGCAAAGGCAAUAGUAAGCGAAGAGUUCUGCCGUGUCGUUUCGUGUUGAAACACCCCAAUUAGAUGAAGUUGCAUGUUGUGAGGGUGGCACAGCAACGAAGUCGAACAAGCCGUAUUCAAGCUACAGCCAAAAGUUGUCAAAGUGACGAAGCAGUCCAACAGCGCUUGUCGGCGAGCUGAACUGGGUUAAGAAGUCUCGAAAUAGGCUCGCAGUAGUCGACUCUGAACGAAUCGGGCAACAUGCUUCACUCACUGUUAACAAAAUGCUGUAGUGUACCGCUGAAUCGUUAGCGCUGCUGUUGUUGACUACAAAAAAAGGAAAAAAUCGAAAAAACGACGAGGUGUAGUUUUAGACAGAUUCUGCAUUGCAAAAAUAUAAGACGAGUGCCCAUGUGAGAAGCAUUUUUAAAGUGAUCUCGUUUAUGGAAAGCAGUUUCUGGCUGGGUGACGAAAUAAAAAAGAAGUCGUACAAGGACUUGAAGGACGCACAGCACAUUCGCUGUGCCUUUGUGCAACCCCCAACAGCAGUCGAACGCUGCUACACCAGCAGCGUCGUACGGUGCAGAAGUCCAGCUGCGGCCAUUUCUUUCGCUGCCAGUCUGUGCAUUCUGCGGGGCAAAGCUGCCAAAACGUGUGCUAAUUUCGUUAUACCGCUGUUGCGAACAAAUCGCCGAAAUCGAUAGUCACGAAAGUGGUCACAUACAUGAGCGACAAAACAAAAAUUUGACGUGACAAAUUUACUGUGUGAAAAAAUUACUUUCGAAAUGGAACAUUAUAUUACUCACAACUAAACAUGUUUUCAUUGUGGCUGGAUACCUGACCUGUAGCUAUAGGCAGCUGCUCAACCAGCGGCAGCACCGACUGAAGCGAAGUGAUUUGCUGGUUUCGCCGUACGCUGUACAUAUGUAUAUAAUAAACGAAGGUCGUCAAGAAGGGAUCCCCACAACGGCAUCGACUCGUCGACUACUACCGCUACGGCAUCUCUAACAACAUGCUACAGCCAGGAGUAAAUAAAAGGCUGUUUCGUGGGCGUAGUCGACGGUAUACCUGCGUCAGGACAACCUUGCCAGCCAUUGCAUGGUUAAGUGUCCUGACAGUAGACGUCAUUCAUGGGGCCGUUCAGGGAGUCAGUCAGGGGAGUGCAGCCGCAGCUGUACCGGCGCCCCAGUCGUUGACGAUCCGCUUACCAGAGCACUUCUAUGAGCAGCUACGAGGAGAGGAAGUCCGUAUUGACUAUCGGCCCAAUGUAGGACAACCGAGAGCUAACUUCACCAUCGGAGUCAACGAAGCUAUCACAGGUUACAAAAUCGAGGAUGUGCUUCCAGGUGCCGAGUAUACGUUCAGCAUUUUCGAUGGUAGCGCAAGCAAUGUACCGGUUUGGAUGGGUUCUCAAGACUCUGAGCCCGAGGUGCCUUAUAACCUCAGCGUCCAACAGAGCGACUCAGAUAAAGCUGCAACAAUCCUUUACGACCCACCAGCUAACGGAGGGCAUACAGGAUUCAGAUUAACAAUAGCACCCGAAUGCACAACCGAUGAGGGUGGGAUUCGAACUCAAAAUUUGCCAGCAGCGCCCACUGAUGGCGGGCCUGGAAUCACCGGAGGAGCUAGGCCCCCGGAACGAAUGGCUAUCGUCCGGGAUUUGACGCCCGGCUGCACGUACGAGGCUCAGCUCUAUGCGGUGUUCAAGGAAAAAGAGUCGUCGCAAUUUUUAUCAUUCAACUUCACAACGAGACCAAAUGCUCCGGGUCGUUUCAUUGUUUGGUUCAGGAACGAGACAACUCUACUGGUUCUCUGGCAGCCACCCUACCCUAGCGGCGUAUUUGACAAAUAUAAGGUCUCAAUCUACCCAGCGGACUCACCGCAGAGUGUCCUAUUCGUGGAAAAGGAUAACGAUCCACCCGGUCCGGCUCAGGCAGCGUUUUACGGAUUAGUUCCGGGGCGUGCGUAUAACAUUUCCGUACAGACCGUUUCUAAAGACGUGGUAUCUCAGCCUACAGAUGCUCAAUAUAGAACAGUUCCACUACCGCCUACCAAUGUUACCUUCGAUGUGGGAAAAGUGACCACACGAUCCUUUGAUGUCCAUUGGUCGCCACCGAAGUCCUUCUCAGAGUUUGAUCGUUACCAAGUGGCGCUAAGCGCUCGACAUUCGCUUCGCCAGGUCGUCGGAAAGGACGAAGACCGGCGAGCAAGAUUUGACGAGGACAUUCGCGCCGGGGAAAGCUACGAAGUUUUGGUGAAGACGGUAUCUGGAAAUGUUGUUUCGUGGCCAGUUACGGGCAACAUUACCACACGACCGCUGUCGGUUUUAUCCGUAAAUGGGACGGCAAAGGAGUCCGGAGAGAUUUUCUUGGAGUGGACGCCGGCUAGAAAUUCAACUCAGGAUAGUUACAAGGUGCGCUAUAAUGAGCUCGAGAACUAUCAAAGUGAUAAUGUACAGAUCGUUACGAACACAUCGUUUCUUCUUCACGAUCUCCUGCGAGGACGCAACUAUUCUCUGUCGGUGACUGCCGUCAGUCGAGGAAUGGAAAGCGAACCAUUCACUGUUUAUCAGGCCACACGACCAUCGCCUCCUGUCAUCGAGUCCCUAGAGCCUUUGAGCGGUCCUGGUGGUUUUCUCAAUAUCUCGUGGAAGUCCGACGUCACCAGUCGACAAGAUUCGUUUGUUGUGGUUUACACACGAAAUGAUACGAAGGAACAGCGUCAGGAGACGACGAAGCAAAAUUGGCUUGUACUUAAAAAUCUAUACCCAGGUGCGGGCUACCAGAUUAAGGUGUCCGCUAUUUCACACGGUCUUUGGUCCGAACCCCACUCGUACUUUCACACUGUCGUACCGCGUCCGCCAAACAAUCUGCUCGUGACGAAAGCUUCAAAUACGUCGAUGAUCCUUACGUGGAUUUCUCCCGUGAACUCAAUUGUCGAUCACUAUACAAUCAUGAUACGAGCCUCAUCGUCGGAGACGUGGAAGGAACUUGGUAUCGUAAAUAGCACCACAUACGAAAUGAACGAUCUUGUAGCAGGUGAAAAAUACUCUGUGAGAGUAAGUGCUGUCAAUAACAAGGCGGAAAGUCAGAACUCGCCCGUCAUCGAACAAACUAUGUAUCCGAACGCCUUAACAGAUGUGAAGCAUUAUGUAGAUAGUAAGAACGUGACGUUCAGCUGGGCACGUCCUUCUGGCCGAAUCGACUACUAUAUCGUAGUCUACAAUCCCGUGCGAGACCCAUUAGCCCAUAACUCGCAUCAGUUUCCUGCUAACCGAACCCUUGUGGGGGAGCCGGUUUCCGUAGCUAUAGAAAACCUCAAACCCGGCGAGUUAUAUAGCUUCCGCCUCUACUCCGUCAGCCAUUCGCUGCGGAGCGAGGGCGUUGGCGUCGAGACUCGUACGAUGCCCGUUAUUGAUUCGGUGAUUAACAUCGUAAUCGACGAACAUCUAACGAAAACGCUUGGCAUCAAAUACACGCCGACCCCAGUUCGGAACGUUGUUUUUGACCGCUAUCGCUUCCAGUUGCUAAGCUCAACGGGCGAUUUUCCGGUGCCGCCAGCGCAAGAGAAGCUUUUUAACGACACUAAUCGGCUAGUGGUAUUCGAUAACCUUAUCCCCGGCCACCUCUACAAUAUCUCCAUUUGGACUGUGUCUGGUGGAGUAUCUAGCGUUCCCAUUUAUAGGCAUACUCGACUAUACCCCGAUCCAGUGAAGUCUAUCCGUGCUUUGACGGUGACCGACACGGAGAUCUCUCUAACAUGGGAGCAUUCUGGAGAUGCAAUUCCCGGUUCGGGAGAUCGUGACGGCUACGAGGUCCAAUACCUCGACCAUCAGGGCAACCUAGUGCACAACUUCACGCUGAUCGAGUCAAUAACGUACCUGAAUUUAAAGCCGCAUCAUAACUAUACGUUCGUUGUUACCGUCGUGUCGGGCUACGAGACGUCGACCGUCCGUCGGAGUCUGCCGAUGUCGCAGACAUUCCAGAGUCUGGAAAGUGUACCCGGAAAGGUGCAUUAUUUCCGCCCGAUCGACGUGCGCCCAUCGCAGUUAACGCUUGAAUGGUCGCUGCCAUCGUCAGAGCAGAACGGUGUUCUAACUGGGUACAAGAUUUUAUACUACUUGAAAGGCAAUUCGUACAGCGACAAGUACAAUACAUUUCCUCCGAAUAUUACCAACGGUACGAUCAGUAACCUCGUGCCCGGCAAAACGUACGUGUUCGAAAUACAGGCCCACACAAAGAUUGGGCCUGGUGGAAAGGCCCACUGGGAGGAAACAAUGCCGAUAUGGGCGCCGCCCAAACCUUCGGAUUCUGUUUAUCCGACACUCGUGUCGCAUACGGCCACCUCGAUUCGUGUCCUUUUCCGUAAGAACUACUUCCAGAACACAAACGGUCCUGUUUUGGCUUAUACACUCAUUGUUGCUGAGGAUGACAGUAUAGCCCCCUCACAGAACCCGAUGCCCUCGUGGAAUGAUGUUCAGGGCUUUACGUACUGGCCACCAUAUCAAGUUAUGGAACCGUACUAUCCUUUCAAUGGGACGAUAACAACAGAGGAUUUUAUUAUUGGGACAGAAGAUUGCACGGAUAAGACGCGUCAACGAACAUCAAUCUAUUGCAACGGACCGCUGAAGCCUGGUAGCCAGUAUCGCAUAAAGUUACGCGCUUUCACCGGGCCUGAUAAAUUCACCGACACCACUUGGUCUUAUGCUAUACAAACCGAUCCGGAUAAUUCUUCGCUGAUAGCUGGCAUUUUCAUACCGCUUACUGUGCUUGUAUGCAUUGCGCUUAUACUAUUAGUUCUACGAAAACGACGGAUGGCACCAUUCAAUUCGAAACCACCUCUUAAAAAUGACCCAAACACGCACAGCGUGUUUUAUAGGCACAGCGACCAGCACGGCGGAACUGGAGCUGGGCUGAAUCUUCCCGAAGUCGAGGUGAUCACCUCACGGCCGGUCAAGUUGGCCCAUUUUGCUGAGCAUUACCGAAUCAUGAGCGCCGACUCAGAUUUCAGAUUCUCGGAGGAGUUUGAAUUACUGAAGCACGUCGGACGUGAUCGGCCCUGCACGGCCGCUGAUUUACCCGUAAAUAGGCCAAAGAACCGCUUCACCAAUAUCCUGCCGUACGAUCAUUCGCGAGUGAAAUUGUUGCCUACUGAUGACGAGGAAGGCUCGGAUUAUAUCAACGCCAACUAUAUUCCGGGCUACAAUUCGCCUAGAGAGUUUAUCGUAACUCAGGGUCCAUUACAUUCAACACGCGACGAUUUUUGGCGUAUGGUCUGGGAGCAGAAUUGCCGAGCGAUCGUCAUGUUAACGCGUUGCGUAGAAAAAGGCAGGGAGAAGUGUGACCACUAUUGGCCCUUUGACAUGCAGCCUGUUUACUACGGCGACAUCCAGGUGACAAUUCUGACAGAAUCACAAUACCCCGACUGGACAAUUUGCGAGCUAAAAGUUUCACGCGGAGACCAGUCACGUAUUGUGAAACAUUUCCAUUUCACUACCUGGCCAGAUUUCGGUGUUCCUGAUCCCCCGCAGACGCUCGUCAGAUUUGUCCGGACGUUCCGAGAAAGGGUAAUCCCGGACAACAAGCCUAUUGUGGUUCACUGCUCAGCUGGUGUAGGCCGUUCGGGUACCUUUAUCGCGCUCGACCGAAUUCUGCAAUCGAUGCGUAAACUCGACGUCGUGGACAUUUUCGGCAUCGUUUUCGAAAUGCGCAAAGAUCGUGUGUGGAUGGUACAAAAUGAACAGCAAUAUAUUUGCAUACACCAGUGUCUCAUGUGCGUUCUUGACACUAUAACGCCUUCGUCAGGCCUGCUACAACAUCAGGCCACCGCUGAUGACCUGCAUCGCAUGCUACAUGAUCAUCGAGAAAUACAUGACAACAGCGCGUUCGAAGUGACAAAACUCAAGGACGACUCAGAUUCCGACGAGACCAAGUCGACAGUAUUGAUCGUCGAUCCCGGGUGGGUUUUGUUUAAAUUUCUGACAUCCACUUCACAAACGACCCAGCUCUCCUGCUGCAAUGCAUAAUAAUGCUGCUGAGUGCCCAAGCCUUCGAUAGCAAUCUCCUACGCUUGAUCCACCAGAGAUGCCUGCAUUACGCCCCGACCCGGUUCCGGACAUUGACGGCCUGCUGGACUUUUUCUUUAGUUUCGCCAUUUUUCCAUUACGUUCAUACGCUUAUUUGGUAUUUUUACACGACGACACCAAUUCAGCACUCUGAAUUUUUAUCUAGUCAAACUAUGCAACUUUAUAUAGGAAACUUUGUCAGAUCCACUCAAGUUCAACGCCGAAUCCUAAGUUUGUCGUUUUCAUUAUGAUUAACUUUAAUCCUCUAAUACAGUAACCCUAGAACUGCACCACACUCACCGUUUCCGGCUCUUCCAUAAAUGCCUGUAUGCAUGCAUGUAUUGUUAUAAUUGUCGCUCGCACAAGCCUCAGCAGAAUUUUGACGUCGCUUAAGAAAUGCGAAUUUCAGAUGACGAGGGGAUAGCGGAGUCUGGGAUCUAAUAUCGACGACGGAUACACAUCCGGAAACCGAAGUCGAUAUGGCCGACGCUGAACACGAACAGACGAACGUUGAUGGGGUGAUAAACAAUGUUAAUAACACUCACCAUCACAAUUCGAACGGCCGAUUCGAGAGUGUACAGUCCGACGCUGAUUCCCAGACGCCGCUCGCUCCAUGUGCCGACGUAUGUCUUCACGACAUCGUCUGACAUCAAGCUUCGCCGAGACAUCGAGGAGAGGACGGACAGCUCCGACGGCUGCAGCAGCAGCAGCUGUUAUGUCAUCACGACCACGAACGUCAUAGCCAGUGGUCAUUCCGACGACAGAACGCUACUCCGACGCCUAGAUAUCACAGUAGUGCCAAAUCGAUGCUGUCAGGACGAUCGUGGUCACCGCGAACCUAUUACAGCGGACAAUAUUAUAACCAUUUCUGCCAUCAACAGUCAUCAACAAAUAUUAGUUCAAAUAGUUCGAAUGCCACUCGAGUAUGGUGCGGGCAUCGAUCCGGCGUGAGCCACUCACCUUGGCUGUGUGAGUCCGAUCGUGACGUUGCGGAUGAGCAAAGCACUAGCAGCAGUAGUAUUUGUAAUCACUCAUCAAUCAUACGGUCCACGAACCGCGAUAGUUGUAACAAAGCAAGUAAGCUUUGCUAUAAUCACCACCAGCAUCAUCACUGCAAUACCACUAUAAUUACCAGCAAUAAUACUAACGACAGCCAUGAUAACGACUGUAAGGGGAGUACGGCCACCAUCUCUGAUACAUCAUCCGAGGGGUGGUCUGAGAUGCGAUCCAGUGCGGGAUCGAAGUGGAGUUGGUCGCUAGAUGACGAGGACGCCGGCGUCGAGACGGGGGUCGACGAAUCGUUCGUUUGCGAUAAGGAAGGUUCGUCCGAGAGCGAUGCUGUUGUCAUGUCAUUACCAUCGAGUCACAGGCCAAACGAGGGUGAAGACCUAUGCAGCCUGGCAAGCCCGCGCUGCUUUUUAUCGAAGGCGUUGCCAAAGGCUGGCUCCUAUUCGUCGUGGCCGACGAGGCAAACCCUGAAAGCUUGCAUUAGCGCCGCUACGUCUGCUUCUAAUGGCAUCAGCCACGAUCAUCGUAGUGUCAUUUUCAUACAUUCGUGUUCCGUUCAAAGAAAGUACAGCAAACCAGAGCGAGUUUAUAGAACUGCGCUCCGCUACUGAUAGAGAGAGCAAAAGAAAAGAGCAACUACAUUCGUUAUAUAUAUAUAUAUAUAUAUAUAUAUAUAUAUAUAUAUAUAUAUAUAUAUAUGAGAAGAACGAAUAAAACACGGACAACGGUAGACGAAUGUAUAGGUAGGGGGUGGUAGAUGACGUUGCACGAGAGCGGUAAACUGAAACUGGAAUUGUGUAUAGAGUAGUUGAUUAAUGCAGGUAAACGAGAAUAGAGUAGAACAGGACAGCGGCUCCAAGGUGUUAGUAAGGUCCAUCUUCUAGUCAAACCCGUUUUGAUAACUCAUUUAUUACGAUAGAGACAAAGAUUCGACCGGAAGAACCACUGCUAUAUAUUGUUAUUAUUAUUAUUAUUAUUAUUAUUAUAGGACAAAGACAACAACUAUGAUCGCCAAGACUCUAAUGAAGAACGUACUGUGAAACCUGUAAAACGAUUAUAUAUAUAUAUAUAUGAACAGAGAUAA